AUGUCCUUCUUAGAAAGUAUUCGUCAAGGCAACAUUUCUCUCAAACACAUUCAAGUCAAUCCGAUGGAUCUCUCUCAUCAUCGUGCUCUCAUGAAACACAUUUGCGAAACGGAGCAAGAUUAUGAUCGGCUCUUAUCGGAAACAAGUUUUGAUCGUUAUUACAAGGCGGUUGAAGCCUUUACGUUUCAGUCGGUGAGUGUUGAGUUGAGCUCGGAAGAGGCUCAAGCCUUGUUGGACGAACAUGAGGACUUUGUGAGCAAGUUUCAACAAGAUUUGAGUGUUCAGGAAAUGAUGAAAUCGUUGGAGAAGGAUAUUUAUAUGGAAUAUGAGGAAUGGAAGAGUGAACGUGUUGAUCAUGAUCAAAAUCAGACAAUUCUCGUGAAACGAAGAAAAGUUCUUCAUCGUAUUUGUGAGAAAAUUGAUCAAACAGUGAAGAAGCUCACGAAUUAUGAAAAUGGAUUUUUCUGUCGUUUGGCAACCAUGUCACCAAAAGAUGCAGCCACCAGUCGUAUUGGAUUUGUACAGAGAGUGUAUGAGCACUAUAAGGAAAUUUGUGAGAUGGAAAAGGAAAUGCAUAUUGAUUUCGUAACGGAAAGUAAUAGAAAAUUGUAUGCUCUUUAUAGAGCUAGUACAUCGAUUCUUCGAUUGAAAUGUGGAAAAGAUGCAGUUCAGUUGUUGAUUGAAUCGGAGAGAGCUCGACAAGAAUUGGUGAAAAUUGCAAAUGGGCAAUACAAUCACAGUACAAAAACCAAUGAAAUUAUUUUAAGAGAGUUCAAUGAUUUCGAUGUUGCUAUGGAGUUUAGAUCGUUCAUAUUCAAUAGAAAGCUUACUGGUAUAACACAAUACAAUCCUUAUGUAUAUUUUCCUCAUAUUGAAAAGAAUAAGAAAGAGAUUAGUGAGCAGAUUUCAAAAUUCUUGUAUAAACAAGUGAUUGACAAUUCUGUGAUUGAUAUUCCAAAUUUUAUUGUUGACCUUGUAAUAACCAUUGAUGGAAAAGUGAAAAUUGUUGAAAUUAAUCCUCUUGCAGAGUUUGCAGGAACUUGUUUAUUCACGUGGGAGAAUGAUAGACACAUAAUCACAGGAGAUGGAAAUCAUGUGGAAUUUCGAGUGGUCACCAAAGUGAAUGAAAUUGCAGAAAAAGAAAUGUCUUCAGAUUGGAAGAAUGCAUUUGCCAAACUUGAAAAGAUUUAUUUGACCAAAUGA